AGGUCAACAGGUUUUUUUUAUGCAGAAGUGGUUACCACAAGACUUGAUGAAAAUGGAGUUCCUCUAUUUAAAUACAAUGCCGCAAUAGAUGAGGUUUGGUCCACUCAACAGAAGCAUUUAGAAUGCAUACAGGAUCCACCUGAUAUGCAUAUGUACAGGGUAGCGAAGAUUAGUACAAAAAAUGGAGUUGACAUCCCAUAUUACACAUGCAUCCGAGGAAACAACAGCCUGGAAGGAUUUCAUAGUCAUUUGCCAAAAAUGAUACCAGGGCCCCAUUGUGCUGCACAUCCCUUUCAGGUGUACCUCAUUAGUGGCAUUGCACGGUGGAAUGCCGACAGACAGUCACAGUCAGUUUUUGGUAGGAAAGGAAGACACCAUAGAGCCUACUCAUCAUCAUUGGUCCAACGGCUGAACAUGAGGUGCCAGAAACUGUUCGGUGAAAGUGAGGAGGAAAAUUUUAGAACUCCUGCACAAGCAACAAGUGAACUACUUGGACUUGACUACCUGUUUAAUCAGUCAUCGGAUCCAACUACGCGUGAAAACUUGCAGAGUGAUGGCCCAAGUAUGGAGGAAGAAGUCACCAACAUUAUUGACGAUGGUGCUGAUGAUGGUGGUUAUGAUUCAGAUAGUUGUUCGUUUUAAGUUAAACCCUGCCAUGUUGUAUACACAUCAAAUGAAUCAGCAGUAUCCCAUGAUCCAUCAUGUGUAAGUCAAUUUAACUAUUUUACUGUAUACAGUGAAAGUGGUUUUUUUUUAAAGUCAAAAAACCAACAUUUUAUAACAUCUUAUCUCAGAACCCAUAAAGAAACAAAUUAUUGAGAAUUCUUAAUAUACAGGUACAGAUAUAACACAAUUAUAUGAACUUUUUAAUGUCCCUCUAGAGUUUCACUUAUGAUAAUAAAAUCAAUAUACAUAAUAAUAAUAAUAAUAAUAUCAAUAAUAACAACAGCAUGUGUAAUACCAUUAAUAAUAAUAAUAAUAAUAAUAAUAAUAAUACAUUCGAACCAAGUCAAUUGUGACAUAGCUCACCCAUAAUUUUUUUUUGUAAAAUCUUAAUUAGGAUUUACAUAAAUAUAGAUUAUUCAAAUUUACCCGAAGUUGCUUAAAAAUAAUCCAUAGCUAACCUAUAUUCCUGUAUUUUCACAGGAAGAUGUAUGUAUGACCAAGCAACACAUUGAAGGGUUCGAAAGAGUUGAGGUUCUCAGUCAAUUGUUAGUAACGCUUGUCAUGGACAAGGUACCAGUGAUACCCUCUGAUAAAAGGGAACAGAUUUUUGAAGCCUGGAACAACCUUGAAUCCCAUGAUAAAUCAUGCAAAAACUUUCGCACUGCUUACAAAAUGCAGUGGGGAAAUAGUCUGUAUGGACGAACCAAGGGUGAUGAAGUAGAAGCCACAAUAACGCAGCGAAUUAAGAACCGCCAUCGAUUUGCACCUGCGCAGACCAUUGACAUGCAAAGAAAUCGUUUGAUGUUUUGCGUUGUAAAACAGGUAUGGUUGCAUGGCACUAAUAAUACUCUGAUGUUUCGGAUGCAGCACUACCACCUGCCCCCAAAUAUCCAGCAACACAGCCUGAAACUACUUGGCAAAAAAAUCUAAACAUUUUUUAUUUUGUUAUUUAAAGGAUGUUGUGUAUGAAGGAUGAUGCAAAGCAUGGGGGGAUGAUAACAGUAAUGCAAGUAUACCAGCAGCUGACCAUUGUUGGUUGAUGGAUGACCAGGAAAGGGGUAUGUUGGACCUGUACAGAUGUAUACAGACAUCAGUGGGGAGAAGCGAUAUCGACGAGUACUAAAAAAUGAUAGAAUGUGGUUCUAUUCACCAUAUUGUCCAGGCCAUGUAGGUGGUAGGCCCCCCCCCCCCAAUCCAGAUGCCUUUUUUUCAAGCUAAGUUGUUUUUUGGCGGCCGCUUGGUGUUUGGAAGUAUAUUUUGAGAUGUCCUCGUCCGAGUUGACCUGCUAAAGGUCAACAGGUU